AUGUCGGCUCUUUGGUCAGGAUGGGGCGCAGAUGCCUUCACCGAGCAGGUCGAGAAGGCCACCUCGGAGCUGCUGCCCGUCGGCUCGGAGGACAUUGCGCUCAACCUCGAGAUCUGCGACCAGGUCCGAGCCAAGCAGGUCCCCGCGAAGCAGGCCAUGCAGGUGCUCAAGCGUCGCGUCAGCCACAAGAACCCCAACGUCGUGCUGCUGGCGCUUGGUCUCACCGACAUCUGCAUCAAGAAUGGCGGUGACCAUUUCCUCCAGGAAGUCGCUUCGCGCGAGUUCAUGGACAACCUCGUCUCGGUACUGCGCAAUCCUGCCGGCGUCAACAACGACGUCAAAGUUAAAGCGCUCGGUCUCAUCCAAAACUGGUCGCAGAUCGCAGAAGCCAGGCCGGCACAGAUGAGCUACAUCACCGACAUCUACAAGCAGCUCAAGAGCGACUCCAAGUUUGACUUUCCACCCGUUGAUCCCAACGCUGCCGCAUCUGCUGCUCUCGUCGAAACACUCACCGCUCCUGAAUGGGUUGACGGCGAUGUCUGCAUGCGAUGUCGUACCGGCUUCACCACUUUCAAUCGCAAGCACCACUGCCGCAACUGUGGCAACGUCUUCUGUCAACAAUGCUCGAGCCACAACAUGGCUCUUCCCUGGUUCGGCAUAGGCCAGGAUGUUCGUGUCUGCGAUGGUUGCUUCGCUCGCAAAGGCCCUCCCAAGAACGCUGCUAAGCUCUCACGCUCCAAGAGCGCCAGCUCGCCGUCUGCAUCGUCCUCCAGCAAGCACAUCCCGUCGGGUCGAGGUGGCGCCUCUUCUCACCAUCGAUCCGCGACGACAGGCUCCAAGUCGAAGCGCAGCGCGCGCCAGAAGGAAGAAGACGAGAUUGCUCUUGCCAUCAAACUGUCGCUGGAAUCGUCGGGACAAGGGGCGUCGCAGAGCUCGCGGCCUGAAACCUACGGUACGCCGAGUCAACCAUCUGCUGGUCCAACGAGCGCACAACGAGCUCCUGACGGACGGGUGCUGGAAGGUACGGAUGCCGACGAGGACCCUGAUCUCGCAGCAGCCAUCGCGGCGAGCCUGCGAGAGUGGGCUCCACCGCAGCCAAGCGCCCCAGACGGCCUUGGCGAAGCAACGGCACCCGCUAUGGCCUCAGCCGUGUAUGGUGGCAGCUCGGUCAACUCAAAUUUGCCCUUGCCACCGUCCCUCGACCUGGCACCACGCGACAUCGACGACAUUCUCACGUUUUCGCAGGCCGUCCAAGCACAACAGGCUCACAACCAGCGGAGCGGCAUGAUCGGCGCACCUGUGCCGCAGCCGACGCAGGCGUUGUACGAGAAGGCAUCGUCUGCCAGGCCUCGCAUGGCACGCAAUCUCGAGGAAGGUCAUCGACGUCACAAUGUGCUUGUGUCCAUGCACGACAAGCUGACCGAGGCGGUGCGUCUGUACGAUCGCUUGCUCGACGCUCAAAUGACACGUCCCGCCCAAGCAUAUGCGCCCAAUGGCUACGCUCAUGCCGGCUACGGCGCGCCUAGCCAUCAGGGGUACGGCUACGGGUAUGAGCAGCACGCGCCGAUGCACGAACCCCCCUAUGCAAACAUGCAGGCAGGACCGUCCUCUCUCUACCCGCAAGCCACUCAGUACCACGCGGGGCCCACCGCAGAGCACACGGGCGCUCCUUCACACUGGCAGCAGCAACAGCCGCACCGACCAACCGACGAGCAGCACUAUCAGCAACACCAGCAUCAGCAAUCGUCGUAUGGAGGACCUCCAUCUCACUAUGCACCGCAACAGCAUCAGCAACAGCAAGCUUACCAGCAGUAUCAGCAACACGCUGGGUCCAGUGCGGCGGCUGAGUAUUCCAAUGGCGCUUACGGCGAUCCCAGCCAGGCCUCUUUGCCCACGGGUGCAGCAGCUCCACCUUCGCACUAUGGAACGUAUGAGAACCCGAACGGAUCCAUGGACCAAGCCUCGCAUUCCCAGGCGAAUGGUGCGGCUUAUGCGGCCGGACCUCAAGGUCCAGGUCCGCUUUCGGUACGAACUGACGGCAUCAUGGGCGGCGCACCAGUCCACGUCUCAGGACCAGGACCUGUUGAAAAGCCGGGCGUUGCGGAGGAUGGUCAGGGCGACGAGUCGAUUGCAACAUCUCGGUCGAUUUCCAGUCGCAAUGGAUGGAAUCAAGUGCCGAUUCAGGCCGUUGCGCCAUCCUCGCAGCCAGACCAUGCAGCCUAUUCGGUAGCCCAGAACGGACAGCAACAGCAAACGCAACCGCCUUCGAUCGCCCGCGUCGCAUCUCACGGAACGCACCAGCCGCCACAGCAGCAGCCUACCAAAGCCGACACGAGUUACCUGCCGCUGUUCCCUGUGGCGCCUCAUGCGGACAAUGGCUUCGGUGCGCAGCGAAACUCGGCAGAGGGAGCGUCGCCGGUGGCCAGCCCUUAUACCAACGCGCCCUCUUCGGCUGGCAUGUGGCAGAGCACGGCGGGCAAGAGCCCAGCGGAAGCCAACGCCGCCGCCACGGAAUCGCCCUUGAUCGAGUUCUAA